CGUAAGAAUAUUUUUAGCCAAUACGAUGUGGCUUUGUAACUCAUAAGAGAUCGAAUCUACUCAGCGUCUUUUCAGCGACUUUUACUCAUUAGUCUGUUAAAGUCACUUGUUGUUGCUCUUGACUACAACAUAAGUGGAUUGCAGUGAAAAUUAUAUUUGUGAUAUUUAAGUGUAUAUCAUUGGAUUGAUCGUCGUCAUCAUCAAUUUAACAAUUAAUUUAUAUAAUAUUAUUUAAAUUUUAAUAAAAUCAUGAAGACAUCAGCUGAGUUUCGCCAGUUUAAAAGAUGUAUUAUACUUUUUAUGGUUAGCAUACUUUGCUGUAGUCUUGCAUUUGCAAUUUACAUUAUAGAUCCAGUUAAAUUAAUAUUUCAAUGGAAAUUAACAAUGACACCAACAUCAACAGCAUUUUUACUCUGGCAAAAACCACCAAUUGGAGUAUUUUUAAAUGUUUAUAUAUUUAAUAUAACAAAUAAAGAUGAAUUUAUGAAUGGUCAAGAAAAAUUACGAGUUGAUGAAAUUGGUCCUUAUGUUUAUCAGGAAAUAUUGGAGAAUGCGAAUGUUCAUUGGAAUGAUAACGGUACUAUUUCGUAUACACCUAGACGUACAAUAAUAUUUAAACCUGAAUUAUCAGUUAAUAAUCCAGAAGUUGAUAAUAUAUAUGUACCAAAUAUUCCAAUGCUGGGUGUAUCAUCAGCACUACGUAAUGCUGGUUUUAUUGUUAAUUAUCCAUUGGCACAUUUGGCUAAUAUAUUAAAUAGUCAGCCAAUAUUAAAAAUGACUGUUCACGAAUAUUUAUGGGGAUAUGAUGAUUCACUUGUUCGUCUUGCUGCUGGUAUUAUACCAAAUUUUGUUAAUUUUAAAAAAUUUGGUCUGCUUGAUAGGAUGUAUGACGAAGGUGAAAAUGUUGUUAAUAUUAAUAUUAAUAGUAACGAUGACAUGGCAAAUGAAGAAGGCAGAUAUUUGAGUAUUCAAAAUUACAAUGGAAGUCCAGGUUUACCAAAUUGGGGAUAUGUUAAACCAGAAACAAAUAAAACAAAUUCAGGAAAUACAUUUUGCAAUCAAAUAAAAGGAGCAACAGAGGGUUCAUUAUUUCCAACUCAUAUGGAUAAAAAUGCUGUAUUUCGUGUAUUUAGAAAAGCAUUUUGUCGUACAUUACCAAUUGUAUUUAAAAAAGAAGUUGUAUCAUCUGGUUUAAAAGGAUAUGAAUAUUCUCUGUCUGAUAAUUUUCUUGAUACACCUGAUAAUAAUCCAGACAAUGAAUGUUACUGUAGAAAAAUGUCGAAAUGUCUCAAAAAAGGUCUAUCAGAUUUAACACCAUGUUACUACAAUAUACCUGCGGCAAUUUCAUUGCCUCACUUUCUCUAUGCUGAUCAAAGUCUUGUUGAUGGUGUUGAAGGUCUUCAUCCUGACCCUGAAAAACAUCUCAGUAGUAUUAUUAUACAACCGGAUGUUGGAGCACCAAUUGAUGUACAUUCAAAAUUACAAACAAAUCUUGUUAUGGAUGAGACAGUUUAUAAUCCAAAAAUUAAAGUUUUUAAUAAUCUUGUUAUUCCAUUAUUUUGGACAGACUUGACGAUACCACCAGAAACAAAUGAAAUAUUAUUUUUAAUGAAACUACUUUUAAAUAUUGCUCCAAUUGCACAAACAAGUUUUAUUUAUUUACUUAUUAUUAGUGGUAUUUUAACAUUUUUCUUGUCAUUAUUUGGUGUACUUUGGAUUAUAAAACAAAGUGAACAACAAAUGAAUGAUGAAAGAAGAGACAGUGCUGAUUUAAGAAUACCACUUGGUUAUGGACAAUAUACUGCUAUUCAUAUAUUACCAGUUAUUAAAAAAAUGACAUCAAGAACAGAAUUAUUUGGUUGAUUUUAUUUUUUUUUAUUAUUAUUAUCAAAAAUAAUCAUACAUGUCAUCAAUGAGAAUAAAUUUUUUAUAUUAUUUUUAUUUAUUUUUCAAGUAUUUUGUUUUGUAACAAUUAUAGAAAAAUUUAAAUAAAAAUAUGCUGAUGGGAUUUACGUCUUAUCACUGAUAUAAUUAAUUAUGUUAUUUGAAAAUUUGAGAAAAAAUUUUUUUUUUAUAUUUUGGUUUAUUAGUUUUGAAAACAUGUGGAAAUUUUGGAUUUUGGAAUUUUUUUUAUUUAAAUUUUAUUCGUCUCUAUGAUGAUGUGUAAUUUUUUUUUUUUUAUUAUUUUUUUUUUGUUGGUAGAUUUAAUAUACAAGACUGAUUGGGACAUUUUGUCUAUUUUUAUGUACUUUUUUUAAAAAAAGAAAUUAAUUAUUGAUAGUUAAUUUUUGUUUUUUUCUUUUUUGUAAUUAAUUAUUGAGGGUGAUAAGACAAUAGUGAUAAUAAUAUCAUUCCCAUCAUAAUUGCAUUUUAUGUGAGUUGAAUAAAAAUAAAUUUAAGAAGAAAAAAAAAAACAUAUCAUGAAAAUAAAUAAAUUGUACAUGGAUUUUAAUGAUAUUUGAAAAAUAAAAAACUAAAAAAAAU